AUGGGUUGGUUCUCUCGCAAUAAGACCAAGAAGUUACCGCCGAGGCCUGGAGGACCGGUCCCUGUUCCGGUUGACACGAGGCCGUGCCAAGGCCAAACCCCUCCGGCACAGUAUCAUGCUCCCCAGACAUCCGGUAUCACGGAGGCAGACUCAUCAUGUCCUGGCUUCCAACCUGCUGGCUACCUCCCACCCCCGUCUGGAUGGAAUGAAGGGCUUUCACCACCUCCACCGUACCCAUAUCAACAGCAAGCACAGCAAGCACCAGUCGUGGUCAAUCAGCACUACUACCUGUUGGCACCCCCGCCAUCAAACGGAGAAACCCAAGGACAUCAUGGAAAUGCCGUGCCUUUUUCGAGGAUGGUCAUUGGAUCUGCAGUCAACCUCGCCGACCAGCUUAUACCUGGGGUUGUCCCGACCUUUCUCAAUGACGGUCUGAAUCUCCGGGGUGGACAAAGCAAUCAGUUUUCUGGCCCGGGUGCUGCAGCCAUGAACCAAAUAUGUGAUCGAUUCAACGAUGUCAUGACCCAGAUCGACCGGGACCGAUAUGCAGGGAAUGAAAGAGACCUGUUCACUUACCAUGCGGACUCAGCCUCAGACUCCUCGUCGUCGACAGAAGUCGCCACAAGGGGCCAGCUGAGCAGACCAAAGAAGAACCAAUCUCCAACAAAAGGGCGUGAUGCUCCGAAAGGCCAGACUACUGCAGUUGCAGCGAGUGUCAUGUCCGGCAAUUACUUCGCAAAGGUAGAGCUGUACGCUAACUCCCGGCUGCCUAUGAAUCUGCCACCACUCAAGCUGUACAUUCCCACUUGGCCUCUGCUAUGUUUGGCGGCGCAAUACUCAGACCGGGUUUACGAGAAGGCUCGAGGUGCGGAAAAGGAUUUCCAAGUGGGCGCAAAUUUUCACAGCGGCGCAAGGGCAAUGACGAUCAAAUCAGUCCCCAUGGAUCAUAUGAAUACCAUUGUCUUCGCGAUUAGGGGUACAGCUACGUUUAUGGAUUGGGCCGUGAACUUGAACACGGCACCGACUUCACCAGCCGGGUUCUUGGAUGACGCUGGCAACUACUGCCACUCGGGCUUUCUCACCGCAGCCCGUAAGAUGAUCAAGCCAGUCGCCGCCCGCCUGCGACAACUCCUCCAAGAAGACCCAGGACGCGCAUCCUACAGCCUGCUGAUCACCGGCCACUCAGCCGGCGGCGCGGUCGCGGCCCUCCUCUACGCGCACAUGCUGUCGACGUCAAAGGCCGCCCAGUCUGAGCUCAACUCACUCACCGGGUGCUUCAGGCGGGUGCACUGCGUGACCUUCGGCGCGCCGCCCAUCACGCUCCUGCCGCUGCAGAAGCCCGAGGGCCGGGCGGACCUGCGCAAGAGCCUCUUCCUGAGCUUCGUCAACGAGGGCGACCCCGUGGCCAGGGCGGACAAGGCGUACGUGCGGAGCCUGCUGGAGCUGUUCGCGACGCCCGCGCCCGUGACGACCACGCUCGCGAAGCCCCCGUCCAAGCUGGCGCUGCUGGAGUGCCCGAAGCAGAAGCAGUCGAAGAGCUCGCUGGUGUCGGCCAAGUCUGGCAAGUCCACGAAGUCGUCCAAGAGCAGGGGUAGUAGUGCGCCGGCCCCGGCCAAUAACAAGCCGGUGUGGAAAGUCCCACCCAGCCCGCUCAGCAACGCGGGCAGGAUCGUUGUCCUGCGGUCGGGCGAGCAGAAGGCGAGGCUUAAGGGGAAGAAGACGGUGGAGGAGCGGCUGAACGAGGGGGUGGUAGCGCAGAUGGCGACAGAUGAGCAGCUCAGGGGCAUCAUCUGGGGUGAUCCUGUGUGCCAUGUGAUGAAGCUGUAUGCUGGAAGGUUGGAGAUUUUGGCGGUUGGGGCCGUGACAGCGAAGGGGUAUUGA